GAGAGUCUUGUUCUUGAGUGUUCUUAGUGUUGUAAACACGUUUAGGGAAGCUUGUUUCCCUUGGUUGUACGAAGGAAAAGUAUUUUCCUUCGGGUUGAAGUCUUGGAGUGCGGUAUCUCCGAGCAAGUGUAUUGAGGCUCGUGGGACUCGAGUUCUCAGGUUGUAACAGUUUGUUAAGCACCCGUAAGUUUAACAAAAGUAGUGUAGCUCGAGAGAGUCUCUCGGGAGGCUGGAUUAGCCACAAGUUGUGGUGAACCAGGGUAAAUCUUGGGCGUGUUGAAUCAUUUCACAUUGCACUCUGGGUAUCUUAAUGUUUGUCAUCACAUAUGCAUCUCCAUUUUUAUCUAUGCUUAGUAUGGUACUGUACAUUGCUAUGAACAAAGAUGUCGUGGUGAUAAAAUAUUCAGAUGAACACGAUUUUGGUCAAGAUGCUAAAUGGUUUUCCUUGUCUGGUUCCUUUGGGCUUGAAUUUCAUUCUGCUUAUUGCCUAUACAAUUGUAUUGCUUCUAAUGGGGAACCAUUUAUUCGUGUGGAUUGUCUUUUCUCCCAAGUUCAUCUGAAGAAUAUUUUGGCCUGAGGGGUACCUAUUUUUUUGUGCAACGUGUGAUCUUUAGCUGGAUUUUUCGUUUUAUUGUGUGAACACUCAAAGUUCAUAGCCCAAGUCACCGUCACCUGCCAGUUUCUUCCAAGUUCCUGUCAGUGUGCUGCCAAAUCAAAGGUUGUAAUCCCACUAAAACUUUAAUUGGUGGAUGGGCUUCAAUGUUGGAACUUACACAAUUAUUGUCAGAUUGUUAGCGCUAUUAACAUUUCACAGCUCAUGCAUCUAUUUGUCUUGCCUAAAUCCGUUUCAUCAAUGAACCUGGAGCACUUCACUUUAGGGGUCGAACAGCUCUAGAGAAAUUGAUGGAUAGUCAUUUACCUCAGGAAAUAUUCAUUCCAGCUAUCAAUGGCAGGAGCUUAAUUGAGCUCUUCUUUCACAGCAUUGGCACUGAGUUGGCCCACCGGCCUAGCUCUCACUUCAGGCUUCUGCUACCAAUGGACGACAAGAUCAUAGGAGGAGCAACUUCCAGUGACAACCCAAAGCUAAACCAGCAGCGGAUCCAAGACAAAAAAUGCAAGGAAUUGUAAAGGCCAUCCAAGGCAACCAGAACCCCGGCCAGCAUCCUCUCACAUUUUUAAAAUACUACGCAGUGUAAUGUUUUUGGUAAUCUCUGAAAUUUUCCCUUCGAAAUAUCGACGGAUUGUAUGAUGUAUUCCAGUAUCAAAAAGAUUUACUCCCUCCGUCCUAUAAUGAUCUUCCCGGUUCGCAAAACGAAGAAAAAUCCCAAGUUUUUUCAAUCUAUUUUAUUUAAAUAUUAGUAUAGAAAUAAAAAAUAAAACAUACAUAUUUAAAAACUACAUCAAAAGUUCAACAAAACAAGUGGUGACAAGAAUAUUUUAUUUUAUCAUAUAGGCUAUGAAAAAACACAAAUAAAUAUAAAUUCUCGUGAAGUUGGAAUAGUGCUCUGGGAAGAUCAUUAUAGGACGGAGGGAGUAUGUUUCAAAGGCUUUUAUUUCAUAAAUAAGACUAAUUUUAUCUUCAAGCUAUAAACAAUGAAAACAGUAAACCACUACCACAUGGAGGCAUGUCAAGCUUUUACCAGUAAAAAUUUAAAGUACUACUCCCUCCGUUUGGAAAAACACUUCCCAUUUGGAUUUGGGGCAAAAAUAAGGAAGUGUUAAAUUAUAGUUGAUUUCCAAUUUUGCCCCUGAUGUGAUGGGUAAAAGUAAGAUGUGAUGGAUACAUUAUUAGAAAAAAAAUAUGAUGUGAUAGGUAGGGUAUGAAAAAGUAAGGGUAAAAGUGGUUUUUUAAUAGAAAAGGGAAGUGUUUUGUUGGAAGUGGAAACAAAUGAAAGAGGAAGUGUUUU